AUGGCCGGCUUCGGGUCAUCAGUUUGGUUGAGGUCUUUGCGACCGUUUUUCUCCGCACCCGCAAAGUCUCAGAUAACGCCGCUGGCCGUGAGAUUUCGAAAUAUCAACACCACUUCUGCCUUACUGAAAGAUCGGGACGAUGAUGACGACUCUGCUAAAGGCUGGUUCAGCAGACUCAAGAAGACACCUCAGCCUGAGCAGUCCCAUUCCAUGGCCUUAUCUAGCAAAGAAACCGUCUAUGAAAUCCAGUUUCAUGCCGUCAAACCAGAGUACAUGGAGGAGUAUCUGAAUCAGUUCUCAACCUUUCAACAACUGAUGCAAGAUAAGGGCACUGGAGCGGAACUGGUGGGCAGCUUUACUGUAGAAAUUGGAGAGCAGGAUGAAGCAGUUCACAUCUGGCGAUAUGAUGGAGGCUACCCUGUGUUAAACAAUGCAAAUACUAUUUACAGGACAGAUUCGGACUUUCGAGAGUUUCGUAAGCAGAGAAAUGCAAUGUUGAGGUCGAGGAGGAAUCAGAUUAUGCUGGCCUUCAGCUUUUGGCCUCCGAUCCAGCCCAGGCCUCCCUCCAAUAUAUAUGAGCUGAGGAGCUAUACUCUGAAACCAGGGACAAUGUAUGAGUGGGGCAACUGCUGGGCCAAAGGAAUAAAGUUUCGUCAAACAAACAAUGAGCCAGUUGCAGGUUUUUUCACACAGAUAGGCAAUUUAUACUGUGUAGAGCAUAUCUGGGCUUACAAAGACUUACAGACACGUAAGGAGACGAGAGAGGCGGCUUGGACCCGACCCGGUUGGGAUGAGUGUGUUGCAUACACAGUUGCACUAACGCGGUCGCUGCAGAAUAGAAUCCUGACCCCGACACCGUUCUCCCCGCUGCAGUGA